GAUGGGUACAUCUGAAUCAUAAAUGCAAUAACAAAUUGUUAACAAUACAGAAUUUUAGAAAUAUCUUAAAUAGAUUUGCUUUAAAGUUCCAAAAUCUGGUCUUAACAAAAACUAUUUUGAUAAUGUUCUUGAAAACCUUAAUUAAUUUAAAGUCAUUUAAAUAGGAUCAACACCACUAGGUGAUCGUCUCUAUGAUGUAUUAAAUGCAAAAAACUAAAACAAAGUUACAUCGGACAUUCUAUAUUAAUUUUUAACUGAUUUAUACACUAAUAGAGAAUCAAGAUGUUUAUGUAAAUAAAAUCUAAACUAUUUUUUUUAGAUACAUUUUAAGCCUACUGUUUGGAAGGCAAAAAUAUAUAAAAGUAGGUGAUGGAAAGGAAUUUUAUUGCUAUGGUUGUGGAGUCAUGGGAAAGAGCAUUUACAGUAUUAGUUGAACAAUUGCCAGAAAAUAAAAAAAAACAAGAUGGUGAUUUAAUAGAAAAUUGGAGUAAAUCUUAGUAAUAGAAGGAAAUAGUAAAGAAAGCUGCUUAAGCAUGUUUUAAGAAUUUAAGCAAAUCUUUGAAUAACUAGGCAGAGUAUUUAGCAUUUAAAAAUUGGAUAUGUUCUGAAAGUUAGGAUAAGAUAGUGGCAAAAUAUGAUGGGAAUGUUGUAGUAAUACCAUUAACAUUAUAUAAAUUUGUUUAAUGA